AUGUUGGAGGAAAACAUGACUUUUGUGAAGGAUUUUUUAAUUGUUGGUUUUCCUGGACUUCACCCUAACUACUAUGGCUUUGUUUCUGUAGUUAUGUUCUUUGUUUAUAUGUGCACCUUGAUAGGGAAUGGAAUAUUUGUUGUUUUGUUUUCAACAGAAAAAACUCUCCAUAAACCUAUGUAUUAUAUUUUUGUAAAUCUUGUUAUAUCUGAUGUUCUGUUCAGUACAACCACAUUACCAAAGAUAAUUGCCAAGUAUUGGUUUCAAGCUGGGAAUAUUUCAUUUGUAGGUUGUUUUGUUCAAAUGUAUUUAGUGCAUUAUUUCAGCACAGUCGAUUCAUACAUACUGGCACUAAUGGCUAUAGAUCGAUAUGUAGCGGUUUGUUACCCACUUCGGUACCACAGUAUUAUGACAAACAGAAAUGUAUUAAUUCUGAGCCUAGUGGCUUGGAUAGUGGCUCAUACUAGCAUUCUAAGGAUGGCUAUUCAAGCUUUCCCCCUCCCUUACUGUGGAGCCAACACUAUUUUACACUGCUACUGUGAUCAUAUAUCUGUUACGAGACUUGCAUGCAUUGACAGGGCUCCAUAUAGUUUUCCAGCAUUUGUUUUUGCCAUGGUAAUACUGCUGGGAUCUCUCGGCAUCAUUGUGUUUUCUUAUGGCUGCAUUAUUGUUGCAGUUCUGCAAAUCUCAAGCACUCGGGGUCGGCUGAAGACUCUCUCCACCUGUAGUUCUCAGCUCAUCAUAAUCACCCUCUUCUUCAUUCCUAGGUGUUUUACUUAUUUGUCUGCCAAUAUUGGUAUCAGUUUUAAUGCUGAUUUGCAAAUAUGCAUUGUCAUGUUGUAUAGCCUCCUACCUCCGAUGUUAAACCCUUUAAUUUAUAGUUUGAAAACAACAGAGAUAAAGAAAAUUUUGAUAAGAAAUUUCCAAAGAACAGAAGUGGGGGUGGAAAACCGACAGUUGACCAACUGGUACCUAUAA